UGCGAUAUUGUGCACCCUCGCAUCUAUCAAGUGAAAAACUUCACUUCAAACACAUUUCUACUAUGAUUUAUCAAACCUUUGGUGUCCUUUUGGUCUCCAAGCCCAUUUGUAAUUAGCCAAAGCUAUCACCAGAAUCUUCAACCUAACCGACCUCGCCGAAUUUCUUCCGGACAUCAAACUCGCACCUUCUCCAAAAAGUCUCAGCCCUCGUACCUUCCCCAAACACCAUGUAUUGCAUCGAAUGCGGGCAAAUCUUGCCCUCGAUCCUCACCAACUCAACCAUCUGCAGCAAAUGCAAAACACCAGUCGCCACCUGGUGGGACGAGACCUCGAAGACCUUCCGCACGAACCGCGAAUCCAUCCUGCCUGACCCCGGCCCGAAGACCGCAGCCUCUGGUGCAUCGCCAUUCUAUAUCGAGGAGAAGGAGAGGGUCAGGAUGAAGGCCAGGGUCAAUACGCAGAGCGAGGAGGAGCGGGUGUUUAAUGGAGCUCUCGUGGUGCUGGAGAUGCAUUUUGAGCGGCCGAGCACGUAUAUGCGGGAGACGAUGGGGGAGGCGAAGAAGAUGGUUACCAAGACUUUAGACCUGUCUCUCAAUAAAGCAGAAGUCAGAGAGACGUUGGCCAAGAACGUGGAUAUCUGGAAACACCUGCAGAAAAUCUUCACCGCUGCGACAUCGCUGCUGGAGACGAGAAGCUUGAUGAAAGUGGAGGGAGCGGGGGAGGAAGAAAGCGGCGGACGCCCGAACGGGCAUCACCAUGAUGUGAGCGAGAGUGCAGAGCUGAUCCUGAAGAAUUAUGAAGUGUUGAGGGAGGACUUGCAUUAUUUGAAUAAUUUGCUGGUUAUUAGCAGGAAUAUGUUGGCGAUUAAGGAGACGGCGCAGGAGAUUUGUAAGGCGGUGGGAUUUGAUAGGGAGGUGCACCGCCUUAUUGUGCUGUGUGUCAAUGUGACGAGUAAGGGUUAUGAUGGGGAGAAUGUGGAUGAGGCUAGGAGGGUCAAAUUGAAUGAGAUUACGGAACUUUACAAGAAACUCCUGGUUACUUGCUUGCAGCAUACACACAACUGGACGAUGGGAAACGAUCGGUUUAAGAUGUCCUUUUGGUUCGAGAUGCUAUUCGAUGACGAGAUGAAGAACGAACCGAUACACGAGAUGCCUCCGGAUGAUUUGAAUGUGGAGAAGGUCCACCAGGAAGUUCAGAACUGGCUUUCACGGCAUAGGAAGAAGGACCCUUUAGCCGCCAAACUUCUGCAAGCAUAUCAGGACCAGGUGCCUACUGGAUACACGCCUGGCCCUCUCCCGGAAGUAGAAAAUUGGAUCAAUACAGAGAACAUUGCGGAAUCUACUUCUCCUGUUUGGAAGCCGGAUAUGCAAGAUAAAUUCGAGCAAGACAGGCUAUACGCCAGGGUUUCACAUGAAAUCGAUAUCUGGUGGAAGAAAGUCCGAGAUGCGAAUUUCGAUGGCUGGGUGGUGCCGAUGGAGACGGUAGAGGGUGCUGUUGAGCGGGCUGAGGCGUGCAAGAAGAAUGCCAUGCAUCGGUAUAUGCCUCGCUCGCAGGAUCAACAAUACGAAUUGGAUGACCAGCAGUUCAAUCAUCUGCGGGAACCUCCGGCGGAUGACGGGAGUGUUGGUCCAGACGAAACCGAUGAUCGAUCAAUCCAAGGUGACAAUGGCCUGGAUGACGAUGAGGAAGAGGAGGAAGAUGAUGAGUCCUAUGCCGAAGGUCCAUUACGCGGAUUGCUGACCGAGAUCCCUAAUAUCUUGGACACGAAGCAAAUUGAAGCUUUGCACAUGACUGUUAAAGCUUGUAUCGUCGACUCGAUGGGCUCCGGGCUUACACCAGCUGGAGAGAAUCUCCAGAAAACGAGGUGCAAGAUGUUUCUGGCUUUGGAUUGUGGCAGGAACCUGCUCCGAGAAUUGUUGGUCUUUAUUGCUGUUUGGGAACAGAAUGACCAACAAUUCAUAUUCCAGAUUACUGCUCAAAUAAUUGAGUCUUUCCACCACAACGCCUUGCUGCCGUUCGCCUGGAAUUGUCUGAGAAUUUUGAAGGAUAUCGUAUCGCCAGCACAGACCGUUCUCCUCCGCCUGAUCAAUUAUAUGUUCCGAGCUCGCAAGGAGAGUCCCAUCUACGCGGAUGUGAAGGACUAUAACCGCGAUGCAAAGCUCAUCCACUUCCUCUACAACUAUUUCAGAUGUCGCGUUGUGCCAGAUUGCUUGGCUCUCCUUCAUGCACAGGCUCAAAUCAGACAGAAUGCUCGAGCCGCAGCCGAUUUCCCUGUUGAUUUAUGGGAUAUGGAAAGGGCUAAGGAUGGACUCUCACAAUACCUAGAUUUCAUCUCAGUCAUCGCUGAGAUACCUGAGAUGCGCCACUUACUCAUCGAGUGGGAAACCGCCUACGAGAUGGUUGCUCUUCUGAAAGCACUCGAAGCAGGAGUGGCUCGAAAGAACAUCGACGAAAGGCCAAUGCCAGGACAAUCAGGCCCAGCUCGUCGCCCUCCCUCCUCGAUACCAGCCGUUGAUCGCCACGAACCCCCAACACAAGACGCCAACUCGACCCAAUACCAAGACACGCCCCACCGCUUCCCGUGGGCCGGCAUCAAGAUCCAAAUACUAAUCAUCCUCACCUCCCUCAUCGCACCCAAUAACACCCGCCGCCAAGGACCGGGCAACCCGAUUGUGCAGAAACAGCUCCUAGCGCACGAAGGUAUCAUGCCCCUUCUCAACUGCUGCGUCUACGAUGGGCACAACGAGUAUCUCAAAGAGCGGGCAACACUCACUAUCAAAUUCCUGAUGGAAGGCUGCAAAGAAGCGCAAGAUUUCGUCAAAGAACUCGUGCCUGUCAAGCAAGCUCAAGCACAAGCUCAGGCCGCUGCUCGCGCCGCACAAGAAGCCUCCCAAUCCUCUGCCUCUAACGCCUCCUCAUCCAAGGCCGUAGAUCCUGGAACUGGCAUGCCUCGACAAACAGCCAAAGCACCACCAGGGAGCGCGCCGUACGUCGCGAACAAGAACGCCAUCGCCGCUGCUAAGGCGCAAGCGCUGGCCCAUGCGAAGGAAAGUGGCAUUACGCUUGGAGCGAGUGAUGUUGAGAAGAAGAUGCGGGAAUUUGAGAGGAACAUCAGGAGUUUGAAGGUUGGUAAGGAGCUGAGGGAGAAGGAGGAGGAGGCGUCUGCUAGUGCCGCUGCGAAAGAGGGGAGGGAGAAGAAGAGGGAGGUGAAGAUUGAGUUUAUUAGUGCUAGGAAGUAGGCACUGGGUUCAAACGGAUAGGAGAGGUUGAAAAGGUUGGG